CAGUUGGCAAAUUCUCGCCACCGGUUGCAGUCAAGCCCAGCCCCGUUUAAUUUCCAAUUAUAUGCUUUUGUAUAGUAUAUAAAUAAUAUAUACCAAUUUAAAGCAGUUGCCAAUCAAAGGGACUUAGAAUGUGGAAAUAUUCUAACAAAAUUAUCUACCGGAACGUAUCGGGCAAUCAGCUGUGGUUUAAUAGGAACUCAUCUGUUGGUGGCACACUCAGUCAGCAGACCCAGUUGGAACUUGCGGACUCUCGCAUAGAUGAGAAAUGGCAACAGGCCAGGUCGUUUGGAGAAAUUCCGGGUCCCAGCCUCCUGCGAAUGCUAUCCUUUUUUAUGCCAGGCGGAGCACUUCGCAACACAAACUUGAUUCAAAUGAACCGCCUGAUGAGAGAAAUGUACGGCGAUAUAUACUGCAUUCCCGGAAUGAUGGGUAAACCGAACGCAGUCUUCACUUACAACCCAGACGACUUCGAAAUGACCUACCGCAACGAGGGUGUUUGGCCCAUUCGCAUCGGUCUGGAGAGCUUGAACUACUAUCGCAAGAUACACAGACCUGAUGUCUUUAAAGGUGUUGGCGGUCUGGCAUCUGAUCAGGGUCAGGAAUGGGCUGAUAUUCGCAACAAGGUGAAUCCCGUUCUUAUGAAAGUUCAGAAUGUCCGGCAAAAUCUACCACAACUAGAUCAGAUAUCUAAGGAGUUUAUAGACAAAUUGGAAACCCAAAGAAAUCCAGAGACCCACACUCUCACUACUGACUUUCACAAUCAGCUGAAGAUGUGGGCCUUCGAGUCGAUUAGCUUUGUGGCUCUGAACACCCGCAUGGGAUUGCUUAGUGAUAAUCCAGAUCCUAAUGCGGAUCGUCUGGCUAAACAUAUGAGGGAUUUUUUUAACUAUAGCUUCCAGUUCGAUGUGCAGCCCUCCAUUUGGACUUUUUAUAAAACCGCUGGCUUCAAGAAGUUUCUCAAAACCUACGACAAUAUUACCGAUAUUACCUCAAAUUAUAUAGAGACGGCAAUGAGAGGCUUUGGUAAAAAUGAUGACGGUAAGACAAAAUGCGUUCUGGAGCAAUUGCUGGAACACAACAAGAAGGUGGCUGUGACAAUGGUUAUGGACAUGCUUAUGGCUGGAAUUGAUACGACUUCAUCAGCUUGUCUGACUAUCCUCUAUCACUUGGCUCGCAAUCCAUCAAAGCAAGAGAAACUGCGUCGGGAGCUACUCCGUAUAUUGCCCACCACCAAGGACUCGUUGACGGAUCAAAAUACCAAAAACAUGCCUUAUCUGAGAGCCUGCAUCAAGGAGGGUCUGCGCAUCACAUCUAUUACGCCGGGAAAUUUUCGCAUAACACCCAAGGAUCUAGUGCUAUCGGGCUAUCAGGUGCCACGUGGCACUGGAGUUCUGAUGGGUGUCCUGGAGCUGUCCAACGACGAUAAAUACUUUGCUCAGAGCUCUGAGUUCAUACCGGAACGCUGGCUUAAGUCCGACUUAGCUCCGGAUAUCCAGGCUUGUCCAGCGGCCCGAACCCGUAACCCCUUCGUAUACCUGCCCUUUGGCUUUGGACCUCGAACCUGUAUUGGCAAAAGGAUUGCCGAGCUGGAGAUCGAAACGCUGCUGGUGCGACUCUUGCGAAGCUACAAGGUCAGCUGGCUGCCCGAAACUCCGAUUGAAUAUGAAAGCACCAUUAUCUUAUCACCCUGCGGUGACAUUCGCUUUAAAUUGGAACCAGUCGGUGACUUAAUGUGAUAUGUUUAUCCUAAGCUCAAGUACAGACUAUCGGUUAAGUUCAGAG